UUAAUCGUUCGGGUUGGUACGGAAAGGACGAGCCAUGACACAUAUGGAGAAAGCCGCGGAUAACGGAAGGACCGUGGGCACGCGGGUGGAAGAUGGAGAAGCAGCCGAACGUUUUGCUGACAGGUACUCCAGGUGUUGGGAAGACGACCCUUGGGAAAGAGUUAGCUGGAAGAACUGGACUGACAUACAUUAAUGUGGGAGAACUGGCAAAAGAAGGUAAUCUGUAUGAAGGCUAUGAUGAAGAAUACUCAUGUCCCAUUCUGGAUGAAGACAGGGUGGUUGAUGAACUUGAUGAUAAGAUGAGUGAAGGUGGGAUAAUUGUGGAUUACCAUGGCUGUGACUUUUUCCCAGAGCGCUGGUUCCAUAUUGUGUUUGUUCUUCGUACAGAUAAUUCAAUUCUGUAUGACCGAUUGGAAAACAGGAGUUACAGUGGAAAGAAACUUCAGGACAACAUACAGUGUGAGAUUUUUCAGACUAUAUAUGAAGAGGCAAUGGAGUCAUAUCGAGAGGAGAUUGUGCACCAAUUACCCAGCAACACGCCCGAAGAUUUAGAAAGGAAUUUGGAACAGAUUGUACAGUGGGUUGAACAGUGGAUGAAAGAUAACAAUUAAAUGCUGGCAGUUAUGGAUGGGCUUGUGCCUAGACAACAGACUGAUGUGCAAUUGCCAAUUGUACUCUGAGGAGAUAGCUGAUUUUCAUUCAGCUGACUUAACAAUAUAGUGUGAGAAAUUGCUGGUAUUUUAAGCAGUGAAUAACAACAUGUAGGCUAUAUAAAGAUUUAAUUGUUUGCCAAAUAUUUAUGAACAAAAUUCAGUGGCGAUCAUUGUAAAUAUUUUGCUCUUGCAUUAAGAUGUAUGAAGAUGGUGAAAGAUGUGAAAAAGAUUGUUUUCUUCAUUUAUAAAUCGAAUUAUAGUGCCUUUUCUAAACAAA